AUGCCGUUUAAUACCAAGCUGACAAAGGCUCUUGGAAUACAAAUUCCGGUGGUCCAAGGUGGUAUGCAGUGGGUUGGCUAUGCUGAGCUUGCUGCGGCUGUUUCUAACGCUGGUGGGCUGGGUAUCCUAACAGCAUUAACACAACCAACACCAGAAGAUCUACGGCAAGAGAUAAAGCGAUGUAAAGCUAUGACCAAAAAGCCAUUCGGAGUAAACAUAACGCUUUUGCCGUCUAUGGUACCACCACCUUAUGCCGAAUAUGCAAGCGUAGCAAUUGAAGAAGGAAUUCGAAUUUUUGAAACUGCGGGAAAUAGCCCAGGACCCGUUAUUAAACAAUUGAAAACCGCUGGCGCUAUCAUAAUUCACAAGUGUACAACAAUAAGACACGCACAGAGUGCUAUCAAGCUCGGCGUCGAUUUUUUAAGUAUCGAUGGCUUCGAGUGUGCAGGUCAUGUUGGCGAGAGUGAUAUUACAAACUUUAUACUAUUAUCAAGAGCUCGACAGGCCUUGAGCAUUCCGUUCAUUGCUUCCGGAGGAUUUGCCGAUGGUCAAGGAUUAGCAGCAGCACUAUGCCUUGGCGCGGAAGGAAUUAACAUGGGAACUCGAUUUAUGUGUACAGUAGAGUCUCCAAUCCAUGAAAAUAUCAAACAAGAGAUCGUCAAAGCAGAUGAAAACAGCACCCAUCUUAUUAUGAGGCGCUGGUCUAAUACUACUCGGCUCUUUAAAAACCGAAUCACAAUAGAAGCUGCCAAAAUUGAAAAGGAGUCUACAACUGGAAAAUUUGAGGAAAUUGCUCCGUUUGUCUCUGGAAAACGAGGGCGAGAGGUCUAUCUGACUGGAGACCCUGAACAUGGGGUGUGGACAGCUGGUCAAGUUUUGGGGCUUAUUCACGACAUUCCAACAUGUGAUGAGCUCAUGAAGCGAAUUGAAAGGGAAGCUGAAGAAACUUUGACCGGAAAAAUUGCCUUUAUUGCACCCAAAAGCAAGAUUUGA